AUGGCGCAAUCCCCCAUGCAGAUGUUCACGCUUCUAAGGCAACCGGCAUCAGAGACCCUGGAGAUAUCAAAAGCAGCGGAAGUCUUUGAAAUGACUUUACACCUCAUAAAGGCCAAGGCAAGCCGGAGACAUAAAAGAGCCAUAGCUUUGACAGAGUACCUCUCCGUAGAGGAAGUGGAGCUGAUUGCGAACUGGUCCGGGUGCCCCGCCCCCGUGCAGCCAGCCUGCUGUCCCUAUGGAGACCAGUCAAGCAAAUACCGCUCCAUCGAUGGAGUCUGUAACAACAGAAAUAACCCUCUCUGGGGAGCCGCCAACACGGUAUUGGCCAGAUGGCUCCCGGCGGAGUACGAAGACGGGAAGAGCCAGCCCAAAGGCUGGAACGCCGGCCGCAACUACGGUGGCUUCCAACUCCCUCCGGUGCGUGAAGUGAGCAACAGAAUUAUGCAGGGCUCUCCCGGCGUGCCUGUCCUGGAGGAUGAAGACUACUCUCAGAUGCUGGUGGACUGGGGCCAGUACAUAGACCACGACAUCUCUUUCACUCCGCAGAGCAGCAGCCGCGCAGCCUUCCCCUCAGGACUGGACUGCUUGAGCACGUGCGGAAAUGCUAACCCAUGCUUCCCCAUUGAGAUCCCCCCCAACGACCAGCUGUUCACGAAGAAGAGCUGUCUCCCCUUUUUCCGCUCCUCGCCGGCGUGCCCGAGCGCAGCGGAGACGAGCGGCCCUCUCCGCGACCUGCAGCAGAUGCUCCAGCGCCAGCAGACCAACGUCAUCACGUCCUUCCUGGACGCCUCCACCGUGUAUGGACACAGCCCAGCUUUGCAGGGCCUGCUGCGCGACCGUGCCAGCUCUGCCGGCAUGCUGGCAGUCAAUCACUGGUUCGCCGACACCAGCGGGCGGCCCUUUCUGCCGUCUGUCGCCCCUGACACCCCGUCAGCAUGCUUUCAGGAGCACUGUGCCGGCGGUGGUGGGGGUGGCGUUUGUGGCGCCUCUGAUGGGGCAGGGAGGGAGCGGGUGGAGUGUUUCCUGGCAGGGGACAGCAGGGUGAACGAGGUGCUGCCCCUCACUGCCCUUCACACGCUAUGGGUCAGGGAGCACAACCGAGUGGCAGCCACUCUGAAAGCUCUCAAUCCCCAGUGGAGCGCAGAGACCACGUAUCAGGAGAGCCGCAAAAUCAUCGGAGCGCUGCACCAGAUCAUUACCAUGAGGGACUACGUGCCAAAAAUUAUUGGACAGAAGGCUUUUGAUCGAUAUAUUGGCCCGUACAGAGGUUACAAUGACUCGGUGAAUCCUUCGGUCUCCAACGUGUUUGCCACGGCUGCGUUCCGCUUUGGUCACGCCACCAUUCCGACAACGUUGAGGAGACUCAACGAGAGCUUCCAGGAUCACCCACUGUACCCUUCUCUCCCACUGCACCGAACCUUCUUCAGCCCCUGGAGGAUCGUUAGGCAGGGAGGGCUGGACCCUGUGAUCCGUGGCCUUUUGGCCCAGCCCGCGGCCAAGGUGACCCGGGACCACUUAAUGAGCCAGGAGCUGACAGAGAGGCUGGUGGUUCUGACUGUUCCCGAGACUCUGGACCUGGCUGCCCUGAACCUCCAACGGGGACGAGAUCACGCUCUACCAGGGUACAACGAGUGGAGGAGCUUCUGCGGCUUUGACCGAGCGUCGACUCCGGCGGACCUUGGUAGGGUUAUAAAUGACGGGCGCCUGGUUGAAAAGAUUAUGGAGCUGUAUGGGAACCCUGACAACAUUGAUGUGUGGCUGGGCGGCCUGCUGGAGGAGCCACUGCCCGGUGCCCGCACUGGCCCACUGUUUGCCUGUCUGAUUGGGAAACAGAUGAAAGCACUUCGCCAGGGAGACAGGUUUUGGUGGGAGAGCCCAGGCGUGUUCACACAGAAGCAGAGGGAGGAGCUGAUGAAGCACUCUCUGCCGCGUGUCAUCUGUGACAACAGUGGGAUAGAGGUCGCGCCCCCGGAUGCCUUCAGAUUGGCUCGAUACCCACAGGACUUUCUCCCCUGCAACAGUGUCCCCUCAAUGAACCUGGAGGCUUGGAGGGAGAGUUAG